AUGGAAGAAGGUGGAAACAUAACCACAAUCAUUGGCAGCUUUGUUCUCUUAGGAUUUCCAACUUCAUGGCCUGUUCAGAUCCUACUUUUUUUCAUUUUUUUCUUAGCUUAUAUACUGACCCUUUUAGAGAAUUUGUUUGUAAUUGGAAGUAUUUGGAGCAGCUCCAAGCUGCAUAAACCUAUGUAUUUCUUCUUGGGUAACUUGUCAUUCCUGGAGUUAUGGUAUGUUAAUGUCACUGUCCCUAAACUGCUGUCAAUAUUCCUGAUGGAGAGCAGGCACAUUUCUUUCAUUUCUUGCAUGUCACAGCUUUACUUCUUCAGUUCAUUGGUCUGCACAGAAUGUGUUCUAUUGGCUGUUAUGGCAUUUGAUCGUUAUGUUGCCAUCUGCCACCCUUUGCACUAUGUCACCAUAAUGAGCUGGCAACUCUGCUUCUUUUUAGCUUGUGGCUCCUGGCUCACUGGAUUUCUUGUAUCUGUGAUUAAGAUUUACUACAUCUCAAGUUUACAUUUUUGCCAUUCUGGUCUCAUUAAUCACUUUUACUGUGAUAUUUCUCCGUUACUCAACCUGUCCUGUUCAGACAUGAAAGUGGCUGAGCUUGUGGAUUUUAUCCUUGCUUUAUUUAUUCUUCUUGUCCCACUUUCACUAACAAUCAUCUCCUACACGUGUAUUCUUAUCACUAUCUUCCACAUUCCAACCUCCAGGGGUCGACUAAAGGCCUUCUCUACUUGUGCUUCCCAUCUAGUAGUAGUUGUUAUAUUUUAUGCAGCUACUCUUUUCAUGUAUGCUAGACCCAGCAGAGCUCAUUCAUUUAACUAUAACAAACUGGUAUCUGUAGUCUACACAAUUAUUACUCCAUUACUUAAUCCCAUUAUAUACUGCCUUAGGAACAAGGAUGUGAAGGAGGCUGUGUGGAAACUGCUAUGA